GAGAGAGAGAGAGAGAGAGAGAGAGAGAGAGGAAACAUGGCGGUGGUAGAAAGCAAAGAGUGGUACUUAUCUGCUUAUGUAUUAGACGGUUUACCAACGUCCGAUCAUCUGAAACUCCGAUCGGUGAACUUGUCAUUGGCUGCUGAUUCAAUCCCUGACCAACACGUGGCUCUUGAGAUCCUCUGGAUCUCCGUUGAUCCAUAUCUACGGUCCAUAAUGUCCGGCCAAGACGACGGCCUGUCCUUACCCCAGUUUCAACUGAAUCAGGCAAUUACAGCGUUUGGGAUAGGAAGGGUAGUUGGAACAAAGGACAAUAAUUUUGCGGAGGGUGAUGUUGUUGUAAACCCUUUAUCUCCCAUUGCUGAAUACUGUGUGGCAUCUGCUGCUUUCCUCAGAAAGAUUGAUACAUCUGCUGGGAUUCCAUUGCCUGAUUACCUCAAUUCACUGGGACUCUCUGGGUUUACUGCAUGGGUGGGGAUAGAGGUGCUUGGAAACCCUAAGCCAGGAUCGAAUGUUUUUAUAUCGGCGGCGGCUGGAGGAGUUGGAAUGGUGGCCGGAAAGUUAGCGAAACUUAAAGGCUGUCGAGUUGUUGGAAGCACGGGAUCAGAUGAAAAGGUGAAGCUGUUGAAGGAUGAAUUUGGAUAUGACGAUGCAUUCAAUUACCACACAGAGACAGAUAUUGAUGCAGCCUUAAGCAAGCGUUUCCCUGAUGGUAUUGACAUUUACUUUGAGAAUGUGGGUGGUAAGAUGCUAGAGGCAGUUCUUAACAAUGUCAACAAGGGUGCUCGUAUUCCACUUUGCGGUAUGAUCUCUCAAUACAAUCAGAGAUGGACGGAGAGAGAAGGGGUUAGGAACCUACUGAACAUGGUGGGCAAAGAAGUGAGGAUGGAAGGGUUUAUGGUGGGUUCAUAUAUGAAUCGCUUUGGAGACUUCAUGAAGGAGAUGGAGGGCUACAUAAAAGAAGGAAAGAUCAUUUCCAAACACAGAAUUUACAAUGGAAUUGAGAGCUUCUUGGAGAGUUUUAAUUCCAUGUUCUCAAGCUCUAAUGUUGGAAAAGUUAUCAUACAAGUUAGGCCAUAAAUUGAAGCUAAUUCAAUCUUAUGAGCUUCUUCUGGAUUUGGUGGUCUGCAUUGAUGUCUGGUUUUAUGCAGAUGGUUUAUUUAAACUGCUAUUUACAUUAUUAUUAAAAUAAUA